AUGUCAAACGAAGAUCAACCUAAAUGCCCAGUAGAUAUAUCCACGAGAAACUCGUGGUUAUCCAGAUUGACGGGAAAAAAUAAGGAGCCUAUUUCAACUCAAAGUCCACAACCAGAAUCCAUUACAGAACAACCUGCAUGUCCGGUGGACCACAAUGCUAGAUCAGUUUGGGCAAACAACGUUUCUGUUAAAGUCGCCUUGUCAGAGGAAGCUAUCGAAGUAUCCAAUAAUGAUACUACAUGUGAUUCUACAAAAUUGAAAAAUACCCUAGCAGAUACAACAACUACAAAUGUAAAUUUACCGACCGAAAGAGAAUUAAGUUCAAUCCCUCGAACCGCAUCAAAUAGUAAUUGGGUAUAUCCAUCCCAGAAGCAGUUUUUUGAAGCCAUGCAAAGGAAAAACUGGAAUCCAGAUCAAGAUGAUAUGAAAGUUAUUGUUCCUUUACAUAACAUUGUGAAUGAAAGAGCAUGGAGACAUAUAUUAAUGUGGGAACAACCGUAUAGUGAAGAAACGAAUUUGAAAUGUGGUGGCAUCACAUUGACUAGUUUCAAAGGAGAUCUGAAAAAGUUAACUCCUCGAGCCUGGAUUAGAAGUUUAAUGGGUUAUGAAAAACCUUUUGAUCGACAUGAUUGGAAAAUUAAUCGUUGUGGCGUGGAAGUUGAUUAUGUAAUUGAUUUCUAUGCUGGUGAAAAUAGUCAAGUGAAUUUGGAUGUCAGACCGAAAUUAAAUAACUUUGAAGGUAUUAAAAUGAGAGUAUUCAGAGCUUUUGGUUAUUAA